AUGGUUGGCCGUCGUGUCUCCGCCUGCUCUUUUACUAAAAUCCUCCCGUUCGCCUCUAUGGCCUUUGCUCUGGCAUUCGGCUCUUCCCCUCGGUCCGAUGGACGAGAUUAUGCCGUUCUAUCCCAGAACUUUGUCAUACGCAAAUCUAACCCUUUUCCACGACAGUGUACCAAUUCACGCCAUCGAGAAACCGCCAGCGCGCCCCGCUUACCCAACGCCGUCUUCCUCAGACGGCGUCUUAGCAUGACUAUUUACGGAACCUCUUCCUCUGACCUUUCUCGCCUUGGUAGGCACAUGUUUCAACUCUCCUCAAAAGCAAAUAUCCUCACCUUGGCGACCUUCUCGUUCUACCGGUUUGUUUCACAGAAGCUAACGUGCGCGAAGGGAAGCUCUUCGAGCUUCAUGUACCCGAUAAUCCGUCCCCGCGUGUAA